CACAACUUCCAUCUCAUUAUUAUAUGAUCAUCAUCUCUUUGCAGCUUCCUAACCUCCAGUGAUUCUCUGCUGAAAAUGGGUACUGAUGGAAGCAAGCAACACAAGGGCCCUGUGAUACCUCCAAGUGAGCUUUCUGUGCGGAAAUUUACAGAAUCUCGAGCUCCUGAACUCGAGUCUCUCUACUCGACUAUUGCCAGUCGUUUGAACAGCGAUUUUAAGUCACAGAGAAAUAAGAGGAGAAGAACUACUAGUUUUGACAACCAAGCUUCCAGGAGUAGGUCUAGAAAGAAGCAAAAAGUGGGAGUUUUUAGCCAGAAUAAUAAUGGAAACCCAGAGAAAAAUAUAAAAAAGCCUCCUCGUCACGUUCGUCGUAGGAAGGAGUUAACCAUGAAUCCUGAAAGUGGGUUUUGCACUUCAGGCGAUGGUACUAAGAGGUUGAGAACCCAUGUGUGGCAUGCAAAGCGUUUUACAAUGACUAAGCGUUGGGGUUUCCACCUUCCUCUUGGUUUGCAUGGCAGCGGAAGAGGGUCAAGAGCACUCUUGAAGUGGUUGAAAAACGGAACCAUUGUUCACGAUGCAAGCUAUCAUAGUGCUAUUCAGCUGGAAGGUUCGCAGGAUUCAGUAUUGUCGGUUCUAAGCAACAUAAUGGUACCUUUCCGUUCACCAGAGGCAGAAGAUGUACUUUCUGGCUGUACUUAUGCUAGUUCAAUGCUUCAUCAUAGUGGAGCACCCAAUUCAAAUACAAUUGCACCAGUUACUUAUAUGUGGCGACCUCAUCAUCAGUCAGCUGAUGCUGAUGAAGAAAGUGGUCAAACCAAUGGGUUUAGGCAGUUAUGGAUAUGGAUCCAUGCUGCAUCUUUAACAGAAGGCUACAAUGCUCUGAUGACUGCCUGUGAAAGUCAGGGUAAGAUGGUUGAAGGUGUUCCCUCAGUUAGAUGUACUUUACUUGAGGGACAAUUCGGAACAUUGGAAGUGAUGGGUUCAAAAGCAUUUCACCUUAUUCAAAAGAUACUACACCCAGUUAGCAGUAUGUCUGAGAAAUCUCCGGUUUUGGAAAAAGGUUCACUAAUGAAAGCUGAUGGUAUCACUCCACCAACAAAUACAUCUAUCUUAGAGAAUGAAGAGCAUACACCUUGUUCUGGAAUACUUUCACUUGUAGUUAGUGAUCCUCGUGCUUUGACCAAGGAAAGCACCGAGUUUGACUCAAGCUACACUGAUUUGUGGGAUGUUGGAAAAGGGUUGUGCUGUCCAGUUGAAGAAAGUGUUCUUUGUAUGGAAAAACAUCAUGAGCGCCUCUCGUCAUUUUGUCUUGCUGAUAAAAGUUCAGAUAGCACUAAUCUUGCAAUCAAGAUACAUUCUUCCCGAAUUUGCCCGGUUAUUCUUUUGAGAAGGAACAACCUGAAGGAUUCAAUUACAAGGUGGUCUAUUAUACUUCCUUUAAGCUGGAUCAAAGCAUUUUGGGUCCCUCUAGUGUCAAUGGGUGCACAGGCUAUUGGUUUGAGGGAGAGGUCUUGGGUUGCUUGUGAAGCCGGUAUACCGAGUUUUCCAUCUGAAUUUCCUGAAUGUAGUUCUUACGCUUCUUUAAUGCAAGCAGAAGCUGUUGAUGUCGAUAAAGAAGCUGCUCUCCGUCCUAUUUCUGUGAGAUCUUCUAGUAUUCCCAUUCCACCUCCAUGGAAUUGUGUUCGUCUUGCCUUUGGAAUGAAUGCUAGUGAACGAGAAAGCAAGCAAGUUUGUUCUAGUGAAUUAGAUUCGGCUGCUGAACUGGCAUUGGUAGACAAUCAUAUGGUUGUUGCUAGGUCAUCAGGAAUAUUGGCUGGUUUCUUGAGUAAUAUAUAUGGUGAUCGUUUGCCUCUUUUCUCAGAGUUUCUUGAUAAAAACAGUAGCAUUUCUAAGAUCAUAAGGGAUGAGAAUAUACUUGAUCAAGGCCCAAAUAUGGCUAGUUUUCUGGAGAAUCGACAUAGAAAGUUGUGUUUUGUUAGAGUUAUCCUUCAUACUGUUAAGGAAGGUGUCAUCGAGGACGGAGCUGUUGUUUGUGCACCUCGCUUGGCUGAUAUAAACCUUUGGACUUCAGGGAGCAAAUGCAGGUCAAUCAACAAGGCUGCACUUCAGGUACCCCAGUCAUCGAUGUCAACAUACUUUGUGAAGCAAGAUUCUGGUAAAUGGGAGUUUCUAGUGCCAGAAGAUCCUGCAGCCGUGGAGUCGAAUAGGUGGCCAAUUGGUUUUGUCACAAAUGGAUUUGUCCGUGGAAGCAAGAAACCAGCUGCUGGGGCUGUAUGUGAUGCAGUGUUGCUUGCUCAUCUUAGACACGAACAGUGGAGUUCCGUACCUUUGAAGCGGAGGAAAAAGGAGAUAUACGUUCUAACAAGAAAUUUAAGAUCAGCGGCCUAUAGACUUGCCCUUGCAAGCAUUGUUCUCGAGCAUCAAGAAGAUUUAGAUCACAUUUAAAUUUUAUCUGUGCUUUUUCUGGCUUUUUAUAUAUUUAAUGGGGGUUCUUUGGGGUGUUCUCAAUUUUAUAUGAUCGACUUCCUUUUGAAUUCCAAUCUUCGAUUUUAGGGUUUUUGGUAGAGUAAAGUUGAUGUUAAUGUAAAAUAAGAACUUGUAGGUAAAGUUAUCGAUCAAAAAGGUC